GCAGGAGGCGGCCCUUAGGUGGCCGCGCCGAUCGCCUGACGGCCGCGCCUCCGCCCCAGCGCGGCCGCCGGGGGAGAGGGGGGGACGGCAAGGGAGGGGGGCGGGCGAGCGCGUGACGGCCGCGCUCCGCCUCCUGCUCCGGCUCCGGCUCCUGCCGCUGCCUCCCCCGGCGCCGCCACCUCGGCCCGGCGCGGGCGGGAGGCGCAGCAGCGGCAGCAGUGGGAGCACUGGUAGCAGUGGCAGCAGUGGCAGCAGCGGCGGCAGCAGCAGCGGCAGCAGCAAUGGAGCCGGAGCGCGAGUGCCGGGUGCUCUCAAUCCAGAGCCACGUCGUCCGCGGCUACGUGGGCAACAAGGCGGCCACCUUCCCCCUGCAGGUUUUGGGAUUUGAAGUUGACACUGUGAACUCAGUCCAGUUUUCAAACCAUACAGGUUAUGCACACUGGAAGGGUCAGGUGUUAAAUUCAGAUGAACUUCAUGAACUGUAUGAAGGACUUAAGCUGAACAAGGUCAAUCAGUAUGAUUAUGUACUCACAGGUUAUACAAGGGACACAUCAUUUCUUGCGAUGGUGGUGGAUAUUGUCCAGGAGUUGAAGCAACAGAAUUCAAACCUAGUGUAUGUAUGCGAUCCAGUGAUGGGUGACAAGUGGAAUGGAGAAGGCUCCAUGUAUGUGCCCAAGGACCUCCUCCCAGUCUACAGGGACAAAGUUGUACCUGUUGCUGAUAUAAUUACUCCUAACCAGUUCGAGGCUGAGUUACUUACUGGCAGGAAGAUUCACACAGAAAAAGACGCUUUAGAGGUAAUGGAUAUGCUCCAUGCCAUGGGACCAGAGACUGUGGUGAUCACAAGCUCAGAUCUACAGGCACCUCUAGGAAAUGACUACCUGAUUGCCCUGGGAAGCCACAGAAAAUCUAAUGCAGAUGGUACCAAGAUGACACAAAGAAUUCGAGUGGAAUCUCCUAAAGUGGAUGCUGUCUUUGUUGGAACAGGAGACUUGUUUGCUGCUAUGCUUUUGGCCUGGACACAUAAGCAUCCAAACAAUUUGAAGGUGGCAUGUGAAAAGACUGUGUCAGCCAUGCAACAUGUUCUGCAAAGGACCAUUAAGAGUGCAAAAGCACAAGCUGGAGAAGGAAACAAACCAAACUCAGCCCAUCUGGAACUGAGAAUGGUCCAAAGCAAAAAGGACAUAGAAAACCCAGAGAUCAUAGUGAAAGCUACCGUGUUAUAAAGGCUGUAUGUCUCCAAUAACGCACAAUGUAUUGAUGUCCUCAUCUCUUUCCUGUAAAUUGUAAUAUUUGCCUUAGAUCUGUGACAGAAACCUGACUUUCAUGAAAUAGCGCCCAGCAUAGGCAGAUAUCCACUCUCAAACAUAUGUGCUGGCCUUGCUCAGUUUUAAAAACAAAAACAAAA